UGUACGAUUAUUACAAGUGCCCAUGGACCAGUAUUCCAUACAAACUGUGGGUAUAGUUGUGUAAACAUCUCUAGGUGUAUCUCAAUUUUAGAGACAGAAAUCAGGUCACUUUCGUACUUUAGGGAGACUUUAGUACAACUUUAGAUCCACCAAUCAUGUUGAUCGUUUUACUCAUGCUUCUGUCUGUCGCUCUCUGUAGGGAAGCCACAGCCUUAAAACCAGAGUGCCUGGAGCCGUCCUAUGAGGGACAGUACCUGAGUCUACACGUCUUCUGGUCCUACAGCCCCGCCCUGGGGAGGUGCACCCAAAGGACUUUCGGCGGCCCCGCCCCUUCCGGACGGAACCAUUUCGAUUCCUUACUAGACUGCCAAGAAGCUUGUGAAGACUGAUUCGUACCCGACAUUACAAACAUUACCCAUAACAGAAUAAAAAAAUAUCCUCAAUAAAGCUCUUUGAAGUUUUAAAUCAUCAUCCAUUUUUUAUAUGAUAAUAUAAAGAGGUAAUAUGUUAUCUUUUUGUUUUUGUUGGGAUGCUCAGAUCUCGCGCGAAAAGACAUGCGCGGAUCUAAAAAAAAAUAUAUAUAGAGGGGUCCGAGUGAUAUCCAUAUUUGCAAGGGGGUCCAGUCCUAUUUUUGGUUAUUUCGCAACAUGUGUUUAAAUUUAUAGGGAAAAAAACAAUUGUUGGAGGAAAAGCGUUCCGAUUAUUUAAAAAAAAUAUUACUUUUUAUUUCCACAGAGUGUGUCAAAACUAUGUGGUUUAACUUAGUCUACUUU